AUGGUUAAAACGCAAAUAUGGUUAAAACGCAAAUAUGGGAAAAACGCAAAUAUGGGAAAAACGAAAAUAUGGGAAAAACGCAAAUAUGGGAAAAACGCAAAUAUGGGAAAAAACACAAAUAUGGGAAAAAACACAAAUAUGGGAAAAAACACAAAUAUGGGAAAAACACAAAUAUGGGAAAAACACAAAUAUGGGAAAAACACAAAUAUGGGAAAAACACAAAUAUGGGAAAGAAGCAAAUAUGGGAAAAACGCAAACACGGGAAAAACGCAAACACGGGAAAAACGCAAAUACAGGAAAAACGCAAAUACAGGAAAAACGCAAAUACAGGAUAAACGGAAACACGAGAAUGUUGCAAAUACGGGAAAACGCAAAUACGGGAAAAACGCAAAUAUGGGAAAAACGCAAAUAUGGGAUAAACGCAUAUAUGGGAUAAACGCAAAUAUGGGAAAAACGCAACAAUGGGAAAAAUGCAAAUAUGGGAAAAAAGCAUAUAUGGGAAAAAAGCAUAUAUGGGAAAAACGCAAAUAUGGGAAAAACGCAAAUAUGGGACAAACGCAAAUAUGGGACAAACGCAAAUAUGGGACAAACGCAAAUAAGGGACAAACGCAAAUAUGGGACAACGCAAAUAUGGGACAAACGCAAAUAUGGGACAAACGCAAAUAUUGUAUUAACGCAAAUAUGGGAAACACGCAAAUAUGGGAAAAACGCAAAAAUGGGAAAAACGCAAAUACGGGAAAAACGCAAAUAUGGGAAAAACGCAAAUAUGGGAAAGAUGCAAACAUGGGGAAAAACGCAAAUAUGGGAAAAAACGCAAAUAUGGUGUAA